AACUCGCCCACUUCGAGAAGCAUGCAUUUGACAGCUACCUCGUGGUAAACAAAAACGGCGUGAGUGUGCAACAACGAGCAAAUUGCCGGCAAAUUUGCAACGAACAUCACGCGAAACGAUCCGAUAACGCAAAAUAUCGCACACUAAACAUGAUCCGCAACGUUUGUUUACUGCGUUGGGCCGCAGGUAAAGGAUUUUCCACAGGAAAACCUACCACAAAUAUCGGUGCAUCGUCCCAGUGGAACGCCGGUAUCGUUGCACAAUCAUACAGUGGUAUUGCAACAUGUGCUAUCAAGCCACUAUCGGCGAAGCCGAGUGUAAGUAUUAACCAGCAGAGCGCUAUCUUCUCUAUCGCAAGCCGAAAAAUACACACCAAAGGCGAGCGAGAACUGGUGGAGUUUCUGGCCGAGGAAAUCGUGGCAGAGAAAAAGGCCAGUCCAAGCGCAACCAUUCCGACAUCCCUGAAUGGAUUCGCCAUCACGUGCAACAAAGCCGAGGUGGAGCUGACGAAAUCGUCCGAACGCGAAAAGGUCACGAUUUCAUUCAACAUUAACCACACGGUGGAUAUGGAAGGUGAGGAAGCAGAAGCAACGGAAAACAAACCGGAAUUUUCUGCCAUGAAAAGCCGUCCCCAGUUUGAGGUUGAUAUCGUGCGUGGAGGAACGACACUGUCGUUCACGUGUUCCUAUCUGCCCGGUGAGGCACAGGAAGGAGAAUACAAUGAUGUGUUUGGCAUCGAUGAAGUAACCAUCUUCCAGGGUGAAUGGAACGACAAGGUGUACGCAGUUGCUGGUGAUGUUCUUGAUGGGUACCUUUACGAUCUAUUGAUGAAUUUCCUCGAGGAAAAGGGCGUUAGCAACGAGUUCGCCGAGAAAAUGUCGGACUUUGCAAGUGCAUACGAACAUGCCAAGUACGUGGAAUUGCUCGAAGCCAUCUCGAAGUUCACCGUGGAGAAGAAGUAAUUGUGUCCGCUUCCCAAAUGGGAGGGAAUUCAACGCAUCACUCAUCACGUUUGUCAUAUUGAUGAGUUUUACACAUUCACGAAACCUAUAUCGCCUACAAUAUUCCUGCAGAAGAGGGAUAUUGUGAAGAGGGACAAGAAUCCAUUGCUGCAUUUGUUUUCGUCUGUUAAGGAAAUACAGAAA